AUGGCUUCCCCGGCGGCGGCGGGGCCCGGCGCCGCGCUGCCCCCGGCCGCGGCGCGCCGAGACUUCUACUGGCUGCGCUCCUUCAUCGCCGGAGGUGUUGCAGGAUGUUGUGCCAAAACAACUACUGCACCACUGGAUCGAGUAAAGAUUUUGCUGCAAGCUCAUAACCACCAUUACAAACAUCUAGGAGUAUUUUCUACGUUGUGUGCUGUCCCUAAAAAGGAAGGUUACCUUGGGCUGUAUAAAGGAAAUGGGGCGAUGAUGAUUAGAAUCUUUCCAUAUGGUGCUAUUCAGUUUAUGGCAUUUGACCAAUAUAAAAAGGUAAUAAAGAAACAGCUUGGGAUUUCUGGGCAUGUGCAUCGAUUAAUGGCUGGAUCCAUGGCAGGUAUUACAGCAGUGAUUUGUACUUACCCUCUUGAUAUGGUUAGAGUUCGCCUGGCGUUCCAAGUAAAAGGGGAACACAAGUACAUGGGAAUUAUCCAUGCAUUCAAGAUGAUUUACACAAAGGAAGGUGGUUUUAGUGGAUUCUACAGAGGGCUGAUGCCAACUGUGGUGGGAAUGGCACCAUAUGCAGGUUUUUCAUUUUUUACCUUUGGUACCUUAAAGAGCAUUGGACUUGCUCAAGCACCUAACUUGCUUGGACGGCCUUCAUUAGAUAACCCCGAUGUGUUAGUUUUGAAAACACAUGUAAAUCUGCUGUGUGGUGGCAUAGCUGGAGCAAUAGCUCAGACGAUAUCGUAUCCCCUGGAUGUAACUCGUAGGCGAAUGCAGUUGGGAGCAGUUCUCCCAGACUCUGAAAAGUGCCUUACAAUGGUGAAGACACUGAAAUAUGUGUAUCAGCAACAUGGAGUACGAAGAGGACUGUACCGUGGUUUAUCCUUGAAUUACAUUCGUUGUAUUCCUUCCCAGGCCGUGGCUUUUACCACGUAUGAACUUAUGAAACAAUUCUUGCACCUCAACUGAUUUAUUUCUUUUAGAAGACUUUUUUUUCUGUAAAACUACACUAUCAAUCCUGAAAUUAUAUUGAUGAAUAAAUUACUUGAAGUUUUAAAAAAAGCUUUCUGUUACUGUGGACCUGCUGUUGGAUGACAUCUUUAUUUGCCAGAAUGUGGUCGAUUUCCUGGAGUGAAAACCGGGUGACACAUGGAAAUAAACGGUAGCUAGCUCUAAACACAUUUUUUGCGCCUGAUCUUCUUGAGUUCAUUAGUUGAGUUUUAGCAAAUACACAGUUUUAGAGAUGACAACCAUGUUUCAUAUGGGUUCCAAGCUGUUAGUUAGUUAGCUUUAUCACCAUUCCAGGAGUUACAUGCUGCUGAUUGUUCUGCUUUCUAAGCAAGUAAUUAUGCAUCUGUUAUUGUUUGAAAAUUAAAUGGAAUAAACUGAUUUGAACAUAAUGCAAUGAUUUUGGCAUUCAGAUCCUUGCCAGGCCUGCAGAAGCUGAGUUUGCAGACCACACUUUAAGCAGCCUUUCAUUCUUGUUCCGUACAAGUUCUCUGUAUGCAAGAACAAUGCAUAUGUCUUCAGACUGCUACACAGGAACGUCUCUUCAGCCAUUUCAGUUAGAAAAACAGCCAGAUGUAUUUAUUAGCAUUAGGAAUCUUGCAAUUCAGAAACCAAUUUCCUGGCAUAUGUUCUAAGAGAUACUGUACUGCACAAAUAAAAGCAGGGGCAAAUUUUACAGGGAUGAGUGUUAGAAAUGAUCUCCUUGUGGCAGGUAGUAGGAGCCUAAUCUUAGAAAGCUUUUCUGUGGAGCUCGAUGUCCUUGAUUUGGUUUAUUCAAGGCUGUGUGUAUUACCUACUUCCCAGUAGUAGCUGGGGUAAAGAGGUUUUUCCCUACCCUAAACCAUGGUGACAAAGAAGAGUGCAGCAGCAUGCAUUAACUUGUUUAGGCUUAUGGACCACAUCCAACCUCCUGAGGAAAAGAAAAUUAAGACUGUAUUGGCAUCUGUAGGUGUGUGUAUGUACUGUUCCUGAAGUUAUGGGAUGCAACAGAGUAUUGCAUGUUUGCCUCCUCCUGUAAUUCCUUUUCUGAAAGGAGUUAUUUUAGACAUGAUUUGUAUUGGUACUCUUGAUUUUAAUCACUUCAUUCAGGAAACUGUAAAGCAUUUACUUCAUGUAAGUUAUUUAUUUAUUGUAAAUAUUUUAUCUUCUAAGAAUCGGCAGUGGUUAAGUGGUGGAUGGUAAGACUGCUUUGCUUAAUUUUGACAAAUUUAACAAACUGGGUUUUCAGUUAUGUCUUUAAUACCAAUGCCUGGGGCUCAGUUUUAAUUUCUUAAAAAAUGUGUUUCUUCGAAAUUUACAGUGUAGCUAUGGACUGAGAAUGAAAUGUAUCUGGAUAUAUUUUAUUAAAUUUUUUGAACUAA